AUGACGGCGCAGGCUGCGGAGGAGCUCGCCACCCAGAUCGAGCAGCAGAAGCUCGAGGAGCAGAAGACCGAGGUUCAGGGUGCCGGCGACGGCCAGAUCCGGUGCCUCCACAGUUGGAUCGGGUGGCCCCUUUGGUUGGGAGGACAAGAAGGGGAUGCCAGUGGCAAGUCCAAGCAAAGCAGGAGUGAGAAGAAGAGCCGCAAGGCCAUGCUGAAGCUUGGCAUGAAGCCCAUCACUGGUGUCAGCCGCAUCACUGUGAAGAAAAGCAAGAAUAUGCUUUUUGUCAUCUCCAAGCCAGAUGUGUUCAAGAGCCCAAAUUCAGACACCUACGUCAUAUUUGGCGAGGCCAAGAUCGAGGACCUCAGCUCUCAGCUGCAGACCCAGGCUGCAGAACAGUUCAAGGCUCCUGACUUGAGCCAAAUGAUCUCGAAGCCUGAGACAUCUGGUCUGGGUCAGGAGGACAAUGAGGAGGAGGUUGAUUUAAACUGGUGUUGA